AUGCUCGAGGAUCUCCCGAACGAGCUCCUGGAAAAUAUUGCCGAGUGGGUCCGUAUACCAUACUUUUCUCCUAUGGAACCCGAGCGCAUUGCUGACUCCUUAGUUACCCCCCUUGCUCUUCGGUCCCUAAGCCAUGCCUCUUCGAAACUUUACCAUGCUCUGGUCCCUCGAAUUUACCGUGUGGUCGUGUUUCGUGCUGCGAGUGAAUGGGCUUUGAAUGUGCUUAACGUCGAUGAUUUCUUCAACCAUCACUCCAAAAGCGCCAGUCACCUUCUACACACCCGCCACUUGAAGUUUGACGCCCCGAUCCAUCUCACUCGGUUCAAUCGCUGUGCAGCAUUCAACAUCUUUCGGGCGGUCGGAUUGGCCGCUGAUCCUUUCUCGACUAUUGGGACCCCCGACGGCGCUAAGGCCCAUCAGCAGUUCUUGGAGGACAUUGAGGAUCAACUUCGCUUGGCCUUCGCACAUCUCAGCCCUGGUCUCCUUCGGUCAUUCACGUGGCGCUUGGGCACAUGCCUUCCAGCUGGUGUGUUGGAUAGAGAGGGAUACUUAAUCCAACAUCAGGAAAAUCUCAUCCAACUUUCGUUGGUCACAGAUGGCUCCUGUCCCCAUGCCGCGGACCAUUUAGGUGGUCUGUGCCAACUAUCUUCCCUGGAGGUCAUCGAAUGGGAAGGUAUCCAGCAUUCGACGGAGAUCGGGCUACUGCAAAAAUGUAUUAGUCGAAACCAAAGGCGUUUGAGAACACUUUCGAUUGCAUUCAGCGCAUCAGCUGGCAGACCGGAUUUCUCCCGUCAAGUGCUUGGGCUGCAAGGGUCCACACUCGUGACCACAACACGUGUGGCGGGCCCCGCCCCUACCUUUCUGCCCUCUCUUACGUGCCUAACACUCUCCAAGGCAUAUCUCCAGAAAAGCACGCAACCGAGUGCUUUGUCGACCUUUGCUGGGUUGAGGUCCUUGAAGUUGCGUGACUGCGUAAACUCCUGCGAGUUGUUGGAAGCACUGUCGCGCUUGCAGAAUAAGCUUCAACUGCAGCUAUUUGAGCUCUGUUGCGAUAAUCAGGCGCUUGGCCCCAACAAGGCAAGUUUGGGUCCGGUUGUUGCGUUUUUACUUUCUCUCCAAGACUUGCAGCAUCUUUAUCUGAAACUUUCCGACUUUGCACACACCCACCAGAUUGAAGCCGUGAUCCGCCAUCACAGCCGGACCCUGGAGACCUUUGUGUUUCAUGAAAAACAACUCGCUCCGAUUGAUAACGAGAGACUGUGGUGGGGUACUCGAGACUUCUGCUCGUCCUGGAUAUUCGAUAAGGCCGAAUUGAGGCAUCUCAAUCGGCUCUCUGCCUUGGCGCUGUGUGCAAACACUUCUUCUGUGCGAGCGAGUCUUGAACCGGGUGCGAAAGGCUCCCAUCUUCGGGUGCUUCAUAUUCGACUCACAGGCGUAGAUCAUCUCCAUCGAGACAUUCAAUUGGAAGUCAUCUCGCAGAUUCGGGCAGAAGACAGAGACGAGAGAUGUCCGUGCGGUUGUUGGAACGGGCUGGCGAGACGGGCCUCCCUUUCCGACCGCGAUUUUGACUUUGCGAGUCUCUGGGAAGAACAAUCUAUCGAGUCCCCACGAACGGGGCCAUCGGACGGUUCAGAUGCGUCGGAGGCAUUCGGCAGCGAUUUAGCUGAGAUCAAAGAAGUCAUGGACUUUGCGGACUGGGCGUUCGGACCGACCGGCUUACCCAGACUAGAGGUUCUUGCGUUCGGGGACUUUGCUUACGACGAGCGAUAUCGGAAGCAACGGUUUCUGGCGCGCCGGAAACGCUCAGUGCGAUUACGAUUGUCCGAUCAAAGCCCCCAGAUCAGUAAACAUUACGGCUGGUUUUUUUGCAUUGGCGAUAUGAACGAUCCAUCUCUUUGGAGCAACGUAGGUUUGGACGGUAGUAGAUUCCUUUCGGCCUGCCCUGAUGGUGGUCCGAUGGAGUCGCCCGAUGACUGGUGA